GAGCCAUCUUUCUCCAUCUUCUUCUUUCUCAUAUUUCAUCUUCUCUCAAGAGAAAUUCCAAAAAAAAAGGGAAAAAAAAGAGAGAAAGAUCUGUUCAGAUAUUUCCCUCUCAUCGCCAUCUUCUCAGUUUACUGUAAAAUUCGGACCUUUUUCCUCCAAAAAUUUCAGUUUUUUUGAUGUGUUUUUGAGCGUCUGAAUCCUUUGGUUUGUUGUUUGGGAGGAAAAAAGCUUUCUUUUUCAUUUGUUUGUGUUGAUCGUGUGGAUCUCUUUCUUGAUGGAUCAGAAUUGGAAUUUGGGUUCUGAGGUGGUUUCUCGUCGUCUGGUUGAUCGGUUUGGGGCUAGGUUUAGAUCAAUUUGGGAUUUUUAUCUUGAGAUGUUUGGAUGGUGAUCAUGAUAGAGGUCUAGGAGUUUUUUUUUUGUGGGUGUAAAUUUAUGUUAAAUUUUUUUUUUUUAAGGUUAUUUUUCUGACUAGAUCUGAGUUUUGGUAAAUUUUGUGCUAUUUGUGUGGAAGAAUUGAAAUCCAUCAUCUGAUUGAUGGUCACAAGAGGACAUUCCUGGAUUUUGUGGAGUUAGAAAUGCAAAUUUUAGUGUUUUUUUAUUCUCUUUAAAACCAUUUACUGGGGCUGUGGUUUGGAAUUCCAUAAAUUCAAUAAUUUCAAGGAUAUAAACUUGCAAAGAUCCUAACUUGUAUUUUUAUGUAGAUUGAAAAGAGUGUAUGUAUUUAUCUGUUUCUAAAUUUUGUUCCUUUUUUUAUUAUUUUUCAGCUUAUACUCUUUUUAACAGUAUUGGAAAUGAUUGUGCUUAUUCCUUUUCUUGUUGAUUGAUGAUACAUUGGGGCAUGUAAUAGAUGAACUUUGUCCUUGUUCAGGACUUGGGACUUGGUGGUGAAUUGUGGAGCAUUAAAGUUAUUAGUGGUUGAGUCCAAGUCCAAGCCUGUAAUUACUUCAAGAUUUCUAGGACAUAAAGGAUUGUUUGUUGCAUGAUUUGGAAGGUUUUGCCAUUGUUUGAAGAUUCUGCAUUGUAUUGUUUUCUUGCUGGAAGAGAUCAAGGUUAUAUUAUUUAUCAGUUGCAAACUCUUAUCUCAUUGUAAAUCAGAAGCUAAAAGGAACAAAUUGCAGUUCAGGUUCAAUUGAUUGAUGACAGACAUGAAAGGAACCACAUCCACUGGCACAGACCUUCAUUUUCUUCACAAAGAAUGGGAUGACAUCUCAUGCCCCAUCUGCAUGGACCAUCCUCAUAAUGCUGUCCUCCUUAUCUGUGGUUCUCACGACAAGGGCUGCAGAUCUUACAUCUGUGAUACUAGCUAUAGACAUUCAAAUUGCCUGGACCGGUUUAAAAAACUGAGGUUGAACAAUGCUGAGAACUCUUCUCAACACAGUUCGUCAUCUAUUGAGAAUUCUGACAGUGAAAGGCUAGGCUUGAUUCAUCAUCAUUCGGAGGGUUCAGAAAGCUUUACAGGCGCGACCUUGAGGAGGAGAACCCGAUUGGAGAUUCAUGAAGGUUCUAGUUUAGAAGAAAACAAUAGUGCAUUGGUUUCAGGAUCAUCUGAAGCAUUGGAAGAAAACCACAGCCAAGAACAUGGAAUUGUUUCAGAAGUCCAAGUGGAAGAGAGGACAAAUCCUACUGAAUCUGUUGAAGGAAGCCCAGUCAAACUGAACUGUCUGAAAUGCCCGCUUUGUCGAGGAAGUGUCAUGGGAUGGAUGAUUGCUAAAGAAGCAAGAGAAUAUUUGGACCUCAAGACAAGGAGCUGCUCUCGAGAAUCAUGCUCAUUCUCUGGAAACUACAGGGAGCUCCGUCGACAUGCUAGGCGAGUCCACCCGACCACCAGGCCUGGUGAUGUUGAUCCUACUAGGCAGCGUGCUUGGCGCCGUCUUGAACACCAACGGGAGUAUGGAGACAUCCUCAGCGCUAUCAGAUCAGCGAUGCCCGGAGCAAUUGUACUUGGGGACUAUGUUAUCGAUGGCGCAGAUAGCUUAUCUCGCGAGCGCGGAAACAGUGGAUCAGGUGAAGGUAGUGGACCAUGGUGGACAUCCUUUUUCCUAUUUCACAUGAUUAGCAGCCCGGCCAGCUCGCAUGAAGAACCAAGAGGCUCGUCAAGGGCUUGGAGAACUCAUAGGCGCCGAAAUCUCUGGGGCGAGAACCUGUUAGUCCUGCAAGAUGAUGUCGGUGAUGGGAACUUUGAUGGUGAUGACAACCCAAUUCCAAGGAGGCGUCGCAGGUUCAUGCGAUCAAGACCUGAUGAAGAACAACCAUAAUAGAAGAAAUAUACUGUGGCCUGACAACACUUGCAUCUUACUCUGUUAAAGAUCAUGCUGGUACUUCUUGGGCUGUUGCAGUGAUGAUAUUUUGAAGGACUGUUCUCAGGAUCAGAUUGGAAUGGGUUCAGUUUUAUGAUGUUUUUAUUGUAUUAUUCCCAUUUUAAACAUUGUUGUGUGUUGUUAUUAUAUAUAAUAUGAUGCUGCCAAACUGUGCUUGGGUUGCAGAAAUCUGGCAAUAUAUCUUAGUUCUAAAUUAAA